GUGGAGUCCUGGCUCAACAAGGACUGCGAGGGCGAGGACAAAGUGGCCGAAGUCAAGAAGAAGCUCGAGGAAGCCUACCAAGCCAACCGAAGCCUCAAUAUGAACCUUAAUGAAACCACGACCAACUUGGGCCUCCUGCGCUCCGAUCUCGCGCAGAUGAGGCUGCAGUAUGAGGAAAAGUGUCGCGAGCUGCACAGCGAACGAGAGCAAGUAUUGGAAUAUAUGCACCAGUACGACCAUAUGAAAAGGCAGCUUGAAUUACUCCACGAAGCCAACAAGAGGCUCCAAGACACCAACGACAGCAUGAGGGACGCCAUGGAGUUCGAGUGGCGACGGUCCCCGCUGGGCUCGAGGUGCUCCAGCAACAGGAGCUCGUUGAGCAGCGAAGGAGAGGAGGCGGAGUCGUUCUCCAUAUCUUCCUACGACUCCAGGUAG